UCAGUAGUGUGUUGUGUACAAACUGUACAUCGAUACAAUAACGGUCAUAUAUGGUGAGUAAAGAGAAGCACAACCACCCAAUAACGGUCAUAUAAUGCAGGGAAGACAGACAGACAGAAAAAACCCAGAGGGAAAGACAAGAAGUAGGACCUAACAGUAGGACCCACUAGUGUCACCCUCCAGCCCCCCGUGAAUGUAGUGUCGGUGAGAGUGUACGGCCCCACACAGAUGUACAGACGACGGUCUUCACCAUCCCACCAUCUUUGUCUCAACAAUAACAACGACAGCUCUUGUGUUUCUGCUCCAGCCAGGCUAGACCUGGGAACUCACGGAAUUCUCCACAUAUCAACAACAACAACAGCAACAACAUCAACAACGACAACAACAACAGCAACAGCAACAACAACAGCAACAACAAUAAUAAUAACAACAACAGAGGCUACAAAAGCAGUGGUGAUGACUUGACUUCAGCAGUUGAGACAAAGACCGAGGCAAACUUCCAAUCAUGGCCGCCCUGUCUGGGCAUUUCUGUGUGACCUUGACCUUGCUGCUGACUUUCUGCUGUCUGGCAACUUCCGCCUACAGGAGCUGCUAUGACGUAGACACGAGUGUGGGUGUGGUCACCCUGGCACAUGGCGACAGGGCGUGCGCAGGAGUGGGUGCGGUGGGGCAGCUAGGGAGGACAUGGGUGCAAUGUGUGGAUGGAAUGGCUAGAUACAGGAGCUGUUUUGGACACUGGAGGUUUGACGUGAGGAAGAAGAGGUGCACGCCGGCCGGGACUGCCUCCUGUACACUCACACACGUCGCUCACACGGCUCACAGACACAUUUCAGCACCACCACACGUCGCUGCACAGUACGGAUGGCGGAGUGUGACGUCAUAGGUACCACCUCACCCAGGAAUACGUCACAAGACAACGGACAAAUUUGUCAGGAAGUGGCCAUCCACAACGGACGUCACAAUGUCAAGGUCACGCUGGACCACGGCCAGUACGCAUGCGCAGCUCUAGGUCCUAACGAGAGCAGCUUCCACCUGGGGGUCACGUUUGUCCGCUGUCUGGACGGAGAGGUACAGGAGACUGUCUGCAAGAUGAGACACAGGUGGGAUGUGAACAAGCAGGCGUGUACCCCCGGGCUUGCAAACUGUCAUGGACCUGGAACUGUGCCUUUUGGGGGACCGCGACCUUGGCCCAAAUCUGGCCACAGGAGGUCACUGGUGCGCCACGGACAGAAGUGCACCAAGGUGGCCAUCCAUAACGGACUUCACAACGCCAGGGUCUUGCUGGACGACGGCCAGUACGCAUGCGCAGCUCUGCGCCGGAGAGACAGCGGCUACAACCUGGGCAGGAUAUUUCUCCAUUGUCUCAACGGUGAAAUCAUAGACUUUUCCUGCCGCCGAAGAUACAGGUGGGACAUGAGCAGGCUGGCAUGUGUCCCUGGUCCCGCCAACUGUUUUGCACCUGUGGGUGGACCUGGGGGUCCGCCACAACCCUUCCCCGUACCUGGACCUCUGCCUAGUUCUGACACCCCCAUACCUGGACCUCUGCCCAGUUCGGAUACCUCCAUACCUGGACCUCUGCCCAGUUCAGACAACCCUAUACCCGACCCAUUGCCUAGUUCGGACAACCCUAUACCCGACCCAUUGCCUAGUUCGGACAACCCUAUACCCGACCCAUUGCCUAGUUCGGACAACCCUAUAUCUGGACCUCUGCCCAGUUCGGACAACCCCAAACCUCAACCACCUUCCCGCCCGACUAUUCCGGUCCCCGAUCUCAGACGACAUCACGAUCAUCCCACAAGAAUAAUCUUUGGCAAACUGAGGAAGAUAUACGAGCUCCUGAAAGAGAGGCGCCAUCGACGAAGGAACAGAUGGCCACACAGAGGAGACCAGAGGUUCCCAAUACUUGGAGGACACCCACUAGGACCUCACAGACUUCGGCUGCUAGGACAUCACCGGCUCCCACUAGGACCUCACAGAGGGCCGCUAGGACAUCAUAGAGGACAGAUAGGACAUCAUAGAGGGCCGAUAGGACCUCAUAGACGUCCAGUAGGACAUCCCAGACAGUCCCACAGAGGACAUCACCGAAGGACACACGGGAGACCACCUCAGAGGUUCCCACGAUUCCCUGUCCUGUCCCGAGCUCGUGGCGUCUCAAAAAGACACAGAGAUAGACGCCAGAGACACGGCCCACACACGCCACGCCACUCCACGCCACACGGUACACACACGCCACGCCAUUCUACGCCACGCGUCACCCAUACGCCACGCCACUCUACACCACGUGACCCACACACACCACGCCACUCCACGCCACUCAGCACACACACGCCACUCCACCCCACGCCAAAUGGCACACAUACGCCACGUCAUUCUACGCCACGCGGCACACACACGCCACGCCACUCCACGCAACGCGGCCCAGACACUCCUCUACCACAAAGCCCACGUUUGAUCAGUGAAGGAUAUUCCAACCAGCGACGGCAACCACUCACUAACUGAGGUACUGCACUCAUACCCCGACAUACUGCAUGGACUGGAACCGUGGAUCGCUCAGGUCUGCUCACGUCUGCACACGCCUGACAUGAGACACGCCUGCUUUGCUCACUCCUGACAGCUGACAGGGGACACACCAGCUGUUAGUGGACACACUGGCCGUGGAUGGACACACCUGAGAGUGGACAAUCUGGCGUGUAGUAUGUUGUAGUGGAAUCUCCAGACGGUGUCGGUCAGAAAUAAAACAUCUCA